AUACAUAUAAGCAUAUUUACAAUUUUCUACAAUUAAAAGUAAACAUUCAAGUAAUAUAAAUAUAAUGUCGCUCGUAGCGUACGCAGACAGUGAUUGUGAUUCAGAUGACGAUAAUGGUGAAGAAAUAAAGCCAUCACCCACUGUUGUAAAAGCAGUGACUAAUACAGUUGAUAGUAAACCAUUUUUAUCAUUGCCUGAACCCAAAUCUAUUGAAAACUUAAAAACAAUAGAUGAUUAUGAUUCAGUUGACGAAGAAAAACCAGUGGUACGAACAAAACCAUUGGUCAAUAGCAUUCAAGAGAAAAAAGAAAUUCCUUUAUUUCCGACAUUACCUAAACCUAAAACUGGAGGAAAAGUCAAAAUAAUAAUUCCUUCAUUAAAUGAAUUUUAUGAUGAAGAUGAUGAUUAUCAACCAAAAUGUAAAAUUAUCAAACCUUCAAAUAGCGGAUGUGGCUUAUUCUCUAUGUUGCCUGAUCCCAAAAAUAAAAAAACAAGCAAAGCUUCAACGACUAUAUCAAUGGUUCCUAGGGCGACGAUGCGUACAAUUAGAAAUAUUAAAGAAACCCCUAAACCCAAAACAUUAGAAAUUAAGUGUUUUGAAACUAAACCAAUUGAAGUUGAAAAUGAAGCUGAUGAUGACGAUGAUCAAGAAGAUGGCGAUUUCUUAGGAUUAAACAAAAUAAAUGAAGUACUUGAUGUAGAGCCUAUUGCUGGAUUUGAUUUGCCUGAAAUACAAACUAAUACCAGCAUAAUUGAAGAUGACGACAGGGUUUAUGGACCUGUGUAUUGUUCUGAACCUAGUGAAUCUGACCUUUAUGAAGAGGAUGAAACAAAACUAAUUCUAGACUCAAAUGCUUUGAAACAACUUAGUGAUCCUGGUAAAACUCAAAUAAAGCAAGUUGAAGUAAUAAAUGUGGAUAUGCGUCAAGUCAUGGAAGAGUCUCAACAAUGGUUGCAAAAGAAUAUGACUGAAGAGUAUGCAGAAAGUAAAAAUGUCAGUAGUGAUAUCAAUAUAAGUGGACAAUCGAAACGCAAACACCAGAUAACAUAUUUAGCUCAACAGGCUAAAGCCAAUGAAUUGAAACUUAAAAACAUGUGGGCUGAGAAUAGAAUGACCAGGAAGCAAACACAGGCUAAAUAUGGAUUUUAGUUGCUGAGAAAAGCAUAUCGCGGAAACAAAUGCAGCCGUCAUGAUUGCCAGAGGACCGGCACCCGGUAAGUCGAUCAUUUUCGACCCGAAUGUGAGCAACACUCCGCCAGUCGUUAUUAUGUACGUCCGUUUAAAAGUCAAACUUGUCUGUAAAUAAAAAAUUGUUUAAUACUUAUACGAGCCGUACUUAAAUACUGUAAUUUGUAAUAUAUAAAAUAAUGUCAAUAAAAAUAAAUGUAUAUAUGAA